AGUUUUAUUUGUUAUUAGUUCACCCGACUCGAAACCGGAUCAUUUUGGCACACAAACCGAAGUUUAUCUUAUCGCAAAAGUCACACUCUGUUUCUCUCUCUCUCCUCCCCUAACUAUUCCGGCGAAAAUGGAGAAACCCACAUCGGAAAACCUGAUAAUGGUAACCCGAGAACCCACCACCGGAAUAGCUUACGUAACAAUAAACCGACCCAAAUCCCUAAACUCGUUGACCAAACCCAUGAUGACAUCAUUAGCCCAAGCUUUCAAAUCCCUAGACGCCGAUGAUGACAUCAAAGUCAUCAUCUUGUCGGGUUCGGGUCGGGCCUUCUGCUCUGGGGUUGAUCUGACGGCUGCGGAAGAUGUUUUCAAAGGUGAUGUUAAGGAUGCAGAGAAGGAUCCUGUGGUUCAGAUGGAACGGUGUAGGAAGCCUAUAAUUGGGGCUAUUUCUGGGUUUGCUGUUACUGCUGGAUUUGAGAUUGCUCUUGCUUGUGAUAUGAUUGUUGCUGUUGAAGGCACCAAGUUUAUUGACACUCAUGCUAGAUUUGGGAUAUUUCCCUCGUGGGGACUCUCACAGAAGCUUUCUCGUAUUAUAGGUCCGAAUAAAUCUCGUGAAGUGUCGUUGUCUUGUAUUCCUUUGACUGCAGAGCAGGCUGAAAAUCUGGGAUUUGUUAAUUACGUAGUUGAAGGCAGUGAACUGAUGAAAAAAGCACAGGAAAUUGCUGUUUCAAUUGCAAAGAACAACCAAGACCUUGUUUUGCGGUAUAAAUCUGUCAUAAAAGAUGGCUUGAAGCUCAACUUGGGCGAUGCACUUGCACUGGAAAAGGCGAGGGCUCAUAAUUAUUACGAUGGGAUGACAAAAGAGCAGUUUAAGAAAAUGCAGGAGUUCAUAGCCGGGCGAAGCUCAGGACGGUCGAAGUUGUAAAUAUUGUUUCUUUUUCACCUUGUUGUAGAAGAAUAAAAGUCCAGUAUAUAACUGGAGACUGUAUAGUUUCGGAUCACAGUAAGGUUUUAGAUCAAUUAAUUGCUUAUUAAUUAAGUUAUUAACCAUUCCAUUUG